AUGACUUCAGCUGAUGAGCCCUACGACGUCAAUUUCUGCUUCCCCGUACCCCGCAAGCUCGAAAACGAGCGAUUGAAACUCGUUCCUUUCGUCCCCUCCAUCCACCUCCAGCCCUUCUUCACCCUAUGCACCCAACACCCCUCCAUAUUCACCUACCUCCCCUACGGACCCUUCCACACCCUCUCCUCCUGCUCCGAGUGGCUAGAACACGAAAUCCAACAAGACCCCGGCCGCGUUCUCUUCGCUAUCUACGACAAGACUCGCCGGCAAGGCGGAGAUGGAUCGCCCGGACAUGCUGAAGAAGCGCUAGCAUCAAAUGACGACAACGGAUUAUCAACUACCGAAGAAUCAUCCGGCAACAAAGACGGCGCAAUAGCAGGCGCCAUAGCAUACAUAAACACCUCCCUCCCAAACCUAUCUACCGAAAUCGGCUGCGUCAAGAUCUUCCCUCCGUUCCAGCGCACACACGUAGCCUCCAACGCAGUGGGGUUGUUGCUUAAAUACGCUCUGGAGCUUCCCUCAACUUCCGGCCUCCCAUCUCAGUCCAAUAUAGUCGAUGCCGCUUCCCGUGACGAGUUUCAAGGAGGCCUAGGCCUCCGCCGUGUCUUCUGGCAAGCCAACAUCAACAACACCGCCAGCAUCCGGUUAAGCGCCCGGAUGGGGUUCACACACGAAGCCGUCCUGCGCUGGGACCGCGUCUUACCUCCCUGGAAGGACACUGCUUCUUCUCAACAAACAUUCGAUGCCCGAAAUGCAUAUGGGAACGCAGAGUCCAACCAGGGAAGCACAUCGCGUGAAGAAAUUGCAGGCGCUAACUUGUAUGCAGACUCCAAACUCAAACCCGACCAGCAACCCAAAGGCGUAGGAAACGGCCACCCACUCCGCCUUGGCGAUCUACGACCAAACUGCGUAGGACGUGACACAGUCAUGCUUUUCCUCUGCUGGGACGAUUGGGAGGAAGGUGCGAGGGAGAAGGUGGAGGGUGUUAUGAAGCGAGUCAAUGAAUAG